AUUACUUUUCUUCUUUCUUACUUAAAAAUCUAAUGGCAUCAUUAGUAGAAAAAAAAGGAGGAAGAAGUAGUCAGGUUGAAAGUAUAAGUUGUUCUUUUGCCUUUGGGGUCAGACUAGAAGACCUUUAAGACCCCUUCCGACCCUACAAUUAAAAACACCCCACUGAAGUUUCAUCAGGAAAGUAAUGUUUGCUUACAAACCAUGCCAGCUCGUCCCUGGCUCAGCUUGCUGUAUCAUUGUUGGGGUUUGUUUGUUUUUUUAAGCUCCCCUGAUCUGUUCUGUGUGUGCUUGGGAAAAGUUUGCUAGCUUCCGAUGACACUUGUUAACUCAACCAGGUUUGUUUGUCAUCCCCUGAUGUUUAUUCAUCUGGUUUGAGAGAGCCCACCCACUCUCUUUGCAAGUAACAAGCACAGCUUCUAAUACAACUGCUGGUGGACAGCCAGUCACUGCAGACUAGGGAGUUGUGAGUAAGACCUCACACUUUGCUUAUCCUUCACUUUAUUUGUGUAUCCCCAAAAACCCAACAACCCAGUCCCUCAUAUUAGCAAGGUACCGAGCAACAACAGAGCAGAAUUGCUUAAUGGUUGAUAUGAAGCAAGAAUACUCCUGUGUAUUAUUAUCCCUGCUGAUUCUGCCAUCUCUGGUCCGGGCCAAGGUUCAACCAGACUGUGUCCCCAUCUUAGAGUGGAAACAGAAUGAAACCAACUGCUUAGAAGAGAUCCAGAUGAACCAGAACCAAACUGCAGAUUGUAAAAGAAUAUGGGACCGACUUCUAUGUUGGCCAGAGGCAAAGCUUGGAGAGUCGUUAUCCUUCACCUGUCCAGGCAUCAUUUUCCACUUCACAAAGCAAACAGGGAUGGUGAAACGGAGUUGCACAGAGCAAGGCUGGUCUGACCCGAAUCCACCUUAUUCGGUCGCUUGUUCGAUGGAAGAUGAUGCCUCUAAGGAUGAAGUUUCUUUCUUUUCAACGAUCCAAAUCAUCUAUACUGUGGGUUACAGCAUCUCAGCUGUCUCUCUUGCCAUCGCAAUUGUUGUUCUCCUGGCAGUCAGGAGACUCCGAUGCCCAAGGAACUACAUCCAUGUCCACCUUUUCGCCACCUUCAUCUUGAAAGCCAUUGCGAUCUUCAUCAAGGACGCAGUUCUCCUGGAUGGCGAAGGGAACGAUUACUGCACCUUCUCCACGGCCGGAUGUAAGAUCUCAGUGGUCUUCCUUAACUUUUUCACCAUGGCCAACUUCAUGUGGCUCUUAGUAGAAGCUCUGUAUCUCAACUACCUGCUCCUCUCUUCCUUCCCCCAGGGGAAGAAGUUCUACUGGUGGCUUGUCUUCUUUGGAUGGGGUUCCCCGACAUUCUUCACCGCCCUGUGGAUAUUUCUGAAAGUCAAUUUUGAAGAUAUUUUGUGCUGGGACGUAAACCAAGAUUCCCCUUACUGGUGGGUCAUCCAAGGCCCCAUCAUGGUCUCUGUUGCGGUCAAUUUCAUUCUUUUCGUCAAUAUUGUCCAAAUCCUGACGAAAAAGCUGCAUCUCAAGGAUAUGCGCUUGAACAACUCAUUUCGAUACAGACGCCUCUCUAAGUCAACCCUGCUUCUCAUUCCCUUGCUUGGGACCCAUUACAUCAUCUUCAAUUUCCUGCCCGAAUACACCCAAGUGGGAGCCCGUCUCUACAUUGAACUGUGCAUUGGAUCGUUUCAGGGCUUCAUCGUUGCCUUUUUGUACUGUUUUCUGAAUCAAGAGGUACAGACAGAAUUUUGCCGGAAAUGGCGAGGCAACAAUUAUGAAUUUAUGAUGCCUUCUAGGAGGAAGAAGAAGACGACCAAAUGGACGGUCCCCCCCAGCUCCGGGAUCAAAGUGACAAACUUGACAUCUAAGAAUUAAUUGAGACCAGCGUUUUUCAACCUUGACCGCUUGAAGAUGGGUGGACUUCAAUUCCCAGAAUUCCCCAGCCGGCAAGACUGGCUGGGGAAUUCUGGGAACUGAAGUCCACACAGGAUGGCAGGGGAAUCCUGGGGGUUAAAGUCCAUGCAUGCUGCCUGAGGAAUUCCGGGAAUCAGUUGAAGUCAGUGAUGGGUUGCUUGCCAGUUUAACGAUUGGUUCGGCGAUCGUGACCUUCGCGCACCUGUGCAGUUUUACAAAUACGAAUCUUCGGUGUUACCACUUGGGAGUAACACAGCUGAGGCGCGGCAAUCUGCUCUCUGCCACGCCAAUCAGCUGAGAAGAUAAAGGUAAGUAAAAGGCAGUAAAGGGGCGGGCAGGUGGGGCUGACCUGAUCGUCAGAGCUACAGGUUCGCCCGAACUGGUCUGGACCUGAUGAAAUCCCACGCCUGGUUGAAGUCCAUGCAUGAUGGCAGGGGAAUUCUGGGAGUUGAAGUCCAUGCAUGCUGGCUGAGGAAUUCUGGGAGCUGAAGUCCAUGCAUGCUGGCUGAGGAAUUCUGGGAGUUGAAGUCCAUGCAGGCUGGCUGAGGAAUUCUGGGAGUUGAAGUCCAUGCAUGCUGGCUGAGGAAUUCUGGGAGCUGAAGUCCAAAUAUCUUCAAGCGGCUAAGGUUGAUCAACACUAAACAUGUGAAUAGCAAAAGUACAAAUCUGCACCAAGAUUCUGCCCUCCGAGCUCGGAGAUCUAUCGCGAUUUCUUCAAGGCUGCAGCUGCCAUCAACGACGGAAUCACCUCAUCCCAUUUUCGAUGUUAAGUGAUAUGUUAAAUAUUGUGCAGGGUGUGCGCGCGUUUGCAAAUGUACUCUCCUCCGCACCCCUUGCCUUCUUAAUAUAAUAAGAAGUAUAUUUCUCUGUGGCGCAACGUAAUGUGACUACAAGGAGCCCUUGCUUUUGCAAAAAUUCGUUUAAUGACAGCGUUGAAAAGAUUGGCUUAUAGCUGGUCCCCGCACUUACAACCGUCUCAGCAUUCCCAAUGGUCACGCGAUUAAAAUUCGGGCACCGGACAACCGUGUAUUGAUGACGGAUGCAGGGGCUCUGGGGACAUGUGAUCGCCCUUUGCAACUUUCCCUGCUGAGUCAAUGGGCGAAGCCAGAUUCACUUAAUGACCGUGCUAGAACAGCUAGAAUGAUUUGUGUGACAUCUGUGGCAAAAAAAAUGUUCAUAAAAAAAAAAAAAGUAUGGCUCACUUAGCAACCCCCUUUCUUAGUAAUGGAAAUUCUGGUGCUAAUUCUGCUCGUAAUUAGAGAACUAUCUGUAAUUAGAAGCUCAGCAUUCAGCGGUAAAAAUUUGAAACGGUCCCUCCUUUAGUGUAGCUGCCAGUCUGAGCUGGAAAUAUAAGGGCAGAGGAUCAGACAGAAUAGUCCUCGACUUACAACCAAAAUUGUGCCCUAAAUUUCUGUUGCUAAGCAAGCUAAUUGUUAAGUGAGUUUUGCCCCAUUUUAAAACCUUUUUUCCCCGCAGAUGUUAAGUGAAUAGCUAUAUUUAAGAUUGUAACAUGGUUGUUGAGUGAAUCUGACUUUGCUUGACAGAGCAAAGUCGGUUCGAACUUCGGAAGGUUCGGAAAAUGAGAUUAUUUGACUCCUCUCCCACCCGGGAUAUAGCAACCAUAAUACAUGCCAGCCAGGCGUGGUAUAUCCCUACCGGUUCGCAAAUGUGAGCACGCGCCUGGUCUUCUGCGCAUUUAAGCCUCAAAAAUGUGCUUAAAUAGUACGGCAUAGAGCCGGGCAGUUGGACUGGCCCACCUGCGAUUUCCGCUACCAGUUUGGGCGAACCAGUCCGAACCCGCUGAAUGCCACCUCUGAUGCCGCCAUCCCCAUUUUGACUGCGGGGAUGCCGUUUUUAACGUUGCGUAAAAACAGCCAUCCGCCACUUUUUAAAGUGGCGCCGUAACUUCGAGCAGUCACUAAACGAAUGGUUGCAAGUCGAGGGCUACCGAUAUGCUUUGCUCAACCCUCUAAAAAAAAAAAAAAUGUGGCCUUAGUUAUAUGCGUAGUAGACAAUCUGGUUGUGUUCGGACCGUUUUGGCGUUGUGUUUUAACCACGUGAAGACGCUCACCCGUUGCCUUGUUCAAUAUUCCUCGCCUGUCUCCCCCCCUCCCACCAAACAAUCCUUAGUGAACUCAACGGUUGUGUAAUUGCUUUCUAUGGGCCUCUGCUCUCUUAUUAUUGCUCUCUACAGGUACUUUGGUAAAGCACCAUCACCUUGGCGUAUCUUGAAAACCGCCGUUGCAUUAGGAAUUGCUUCUGUGUAGUCGUGUUUCAACAAUGAAGGCUGUGUUACUUUUUGGAUGGCUAAAUGUUAUAAAAUGCAUGAAACCGGUGGCAUCAAAAAAUAACCCUCCGUGCCAGCUUAAAAGUAUAUUAGGGCACGCAGGAAGGACCGAGUUUAUUAAUGAUGCUCAUUGUUUCAUGCAGGGAUCUCCAAAGUCGGCAACUUUAAGACCUGCGGACUUCAACUCCCAUGAACUCCCCGGCUGGGGAAUAUUGGAAGUCCACAUUUCUUAAGAAGUUGCCGACUUUGGAAAUUUUUUGUUUUAAUGGAAACGAUCAAAUAAAAGCUCACAAUUUCAGUCACAGGCAGGUUAUACAAAAAAAAGGUGUGAAACAGCUGACCCCCUUCCUCAAGUCGGGGCGGACAGCCCUGACAGCCCUGCAGAUGGUCCUCAACUUAUGAUUGUCAUUGACUUUCAGUCAUAAAUCGCAACAGUCGUAAAGCAGAUCAUCAGACAACCGAUCCAAUUUUAUCAUCUUUUCUGUGGUGGUUGUUAAAUGACUGCACUGAUGGUAAAGCAACAAUCAUGAUUAUUCAGUAAACAGCAAGGUCAUUAAGCGAACCCAUUGUUUGCUCUGGACAGUUUUGCUGGAAAUCAGAAGUACGUAUAUCUGUUUUGGUUCAAACUUUCGUAAAUUGUGGUCAUGUGACUGCAGGAUGUAAAUAUAGGCCAGUUGCAAAGGCCAUAGGACUGGCCAGAGAGGUGGAUAUUGGAACUUUGUAACCGGGUCAUAAAUACCCUUUUUGGGGCCCGUCAUAACUUUGAAUGUUCACUAAGCGACCAAUCGUAAGUCGAGGACAACCUUUAUUUCAUUAGAAUGAACACUACAAGCAUUUAAAUGUGCAGCAGAAAAGUGACUGGUCACAAGUCAAGGGCUAUCUGUGUUUCAUUAGGAUGGACACGAGGGGUCCAUUUAAUGUGAAACAAAAGUUGAACGUAAGAUGGUCAACUUACAUGGUCUCCUUUGUAGAUUAAAUAUUGUCGCUCCUGGCGACAGAUAAACAAAGAUGGCGUAACAAUCUGAAAUCUUGAGUCCCAUAAAUGUAUACUGCAGGGCAGAAAGAAGUCAUGCACACCAUAACAUGACCCCCAUGGAGACUUAAAUUCUUCUGGUCUCUUGCCUUCUCCAAAGCUUUCCUAGAAGGUUUCAGAAACCAAGUCAAAAGAUUACUGGGUCAUCUCUGUAGGUUGAGACUCAACACGGACAAGAUUUGGGGCAACAAAAGAUAAGGAUGGAGGACAAGCUCAGGGUUGAAUUGUGGAGCCCUUGGUGUUUUCCAAGCUUUAUGACCCUACUAGGGAACAUCAUCAGUGCUACAAGAGAGAGGGGUGUGCGAAGUGAAGGAGGAAGAGGAAAGCAAGAAGAAGGCAAUGACUGUGGGAUCCUUGGUGGUUAUGUUGCAGAUGGUGGUUAGAUUGCAGAUGUUUUAUCACCCAACUAGGUAAUAUGAUUAAUACUAGAAGGGGGUAUGGUGUGCAGAGGAAGAGGAGGGGUUGUGGGGGGAGGCGGUGGGGUCCUUCUCUUUUGGUUGUUUCCCUGCAGACAUUUCAUGAUCCAACUAGGAAACAUCAUCAAUGCGACAACGGAGUGGAGUGUGCAGAGUGGAGAAGAAGGAGGAGUAGAAGGGAAGAAGGAGAAGAAGAAGAAGAAGAAGAAGAAGAAGAAGAAGAAGAAGAGAAGAAGGAGAAGAAGAAUAAAAAUUGUGCUGUCCUCGUUGUUCUCUGAACUUGGUUGUUUAGUUACACAGGUUUCAUAACCCAACUAGGUAACAUCACCACGGUAGGGGCUAUAAAAAAAGUCUCUCUCCUGGAACUGAUGAUGUUACCUACUUGGGUCAUUAAAUGUCUGCAAGAAAACAACCAAGCUCAGAGAACACCUAGGACCCUUCCAAUUAGAGCUGUGAUCUACUGAAAUUUUGCUUCAUUGUGAAGAAUUUGGGGGAUUAGGAUGGGCCAAUGUUAAGAAUACAUCUAGAAAUGAAGUCAAGAAGCCCCAUUCUUUGUGAGCAUAUUGCCUUAAAAUGAAUAAAUUUUCCACAAUUUGGAUCACCCUGUGUGGUUUCUCACUCAUUAUGUGCGGAAUAACCAACUCUUAGUGUGAAGAAGCAACUGGUGUAUCUUCUUAACGUCUGAUUUGAUGGGUUGCAAUCUCCAAGUUGUUAUGGAAACUUCAUCCUUGAGUGUCCUCCAGAAAAUUCCUGUUUGUUUACAGGGGGGAUGCAGCCACUAAUCACAACUGAAAAGGUGGAAAAUUGACAUCUAUGGAUGCCUGGAAGAUCACAGUGUAAAUUGGGCUGACGGAAAGUGUUAGAUUGAUCAUAUUCAUGUAAUUAUCUUGAAGGAAAAAAAUAAUGAAGUUUUCCUGGCUCUUGUUUAAUGCGGCUUUGAAGUCGAAGGAACAAGAAUUAAUUCAGGGAACUUGUCCAGAUUAAAUCUAUGCCCUUCAGCAAUUAAUUGAGUUUUCAGUCCUGCAAAGAGA